AUGGAUCAAGAGAGACAACCCGAUGUGAUGGUCAAUGUUGAUCUAACCCAAAAGGAACUGCAAGGGGAAGUGGAAUGGAAAAAACAAGUUGAAGUAACCCACAGAGAAUAUCAACGUCUGGAUGAUCCCGAUAAUGAACGCAUGGGUGAAUUCAAAGCCCCAGGGAAUGUGAAGAUCGAUCAGUAUGAAAAUAAUAAUAAUAAUAAUAAUGGCAAUGUGUAUAAUGAUCCUAAUAUACUGGAGAUGAAAGCUCCACGGGAUGGAACAAGUGUUCUCCAUUAUGAGGACUACAUACCAAAUAUUAAUAAUAAUAAUUAUAAUGAGGCAGCCCCAGCAGCAGCCGCAGCUGAAGCCUCCGUAAUGUAUAAUUCCACAGACAGUCCAAACGCACAAUUACCUAAAUGGGAACGUCCAGUGGCGGAUCUCAUUAUGACAUUAUCAGGAGAAAUGGAAUGGCCUUCUCAAUUGGAUGAAGAUGCGAGAGAAUCCAGAGAGGCAACAGAUCUCAUUGCGGCUGUUGGUCAUUUUACUACUGCCUGUCUUUUUUGUAAACGUUUUAUUUUACGUGAAAAGGCCAUUCAAGUUAUCAUGGAUCAUAUGACUCAAUUAUAUACAUCUACACCUGCUGCAAUAGAACAGGCGGUAUUACGUUUCUUUGAUAUGAAUAAUUAUGGAUUACAAGAUACCAUUCCCAGUGUGGUAGCAACAGCCUGUGCAUUUGUUCGUAUGGUAUUAGCAAAUGAACAUAAAUGUCUAACCACUAUACUUAAGGCGGUGGAAAAUCUCUUACCACGAUUAUUAUGUUGUGCAGCGGAUUCGCAUCCACGUAUUCGUGAAGAAGCAAGAAGAACACUUGUGAUGUAUGUAAAAACAGAGACAGUACCAAGAAAUACAAUUCUUCUCGCUAUAUUGGCAGAUCCUAUUGAUAAGGAAAGAUUACGAUGGCAACCGAGUAGCAGUAUAACGAUUACACCUCGUGUACAAGUGGCACGAUUGAUGUUAUUGGAAGAACUUAUCAUUACGGGUAAUAUUUCACUACGUGAACAUGAUAAAGUACUCUGGACAAGAUUUCUUAUUCCAUGUUUAAAUCAUCAAAGUCAGGAAGUACGAGAUUUGGCUUUAUCUGUGACUACGUAUAUGUUAAGAGAGCGACUCACUUCAAUGACACCAAAACGAGCGUCUAAAAUUUACAAUGUAACUAUUCGGGAUCAACUUCAAUCUGUGGCUACAGUUGUGGCACGUGCUGCACGAUGA